GAACCUGGUAUUUAUCUUGCAGCACCAUCAGCAGUUUCCACCUCUCGGAUUUCUAUGCUGCUCCUUAUUUGAGAUUUUCAAGUUAACUUGUGGGAGCUUCCUACAAAACACUCAGAACCUCAGACACGAGUCUCGCAUGUGGUCUCUCUUCCUAUGCCUGAGUGUUAACUUGAAGACAACUGACAGAAAGGAGCUAAGCAGGGAAGCCCACCGACAAAAGCCCUUGCCACCAGCCUUUCCCAGAGGACAGACGCAGCAGCGACAACAUGGCCUCGGAGGGGCUCCAGCUCCUGGCCUUCACCCUGGCCCUGUCUGGGGUUUCCGGAGUGCUCACGGCCACUCUGCUGCCCAACUGGAAGGUGAAGGUGGAUGUGGGCUCCAACAUCCUCAUGGCCAUGGUCCGGCUCCAUGGGCUGUGGAUGGACUGCACGUGGUACAGCACCGGCAUGUUCAGCUGCACCCUGAAAUACUCCAUUCUGUCCCUCCCCACGCACGUGCAGGCUGCGAGGGUCGCCAUGGUGCUGGCAUGCAUCCUGUCUGCCUUGGGAAUUUGCACAUCCACCGUGGGAAUGAAGUGCACCCGCUUAGGAGGUGACAGAGAGACCAAGAGUCAGGCUUCCUUUGCCGGAGGAGUCUGUUUCAUGUCUGCGGGGGUCUCUGGUUUCAUACCAGCAGUGUGGUACACCAAGGAGAUCAUAGCAAGCUUCCAGGAUCCCACAAUUUCAGAGAGCAACAAAUACGAACCAGGAGGAGCACUCUACAUUGGAUUCAUUUCAGCAAUGCUGCUGUUUAUCUCUGGCAUUAUUUUCUGCACUUCCUGUAUAAAAAGGAAGCCAGAGGCCUGGCUCCACACACACACGCAGCAGCACGUCUCAGCCCCGCAGCCAGAGAGCAGACCUGCCUACAACCUGAAGGAUUAUGUAUAGAUGACUGCUGCGCACGGGUGGCAAGAAGCUGUGGGGUGCCAGCUGGGACUUGGCUUUAAAUCUGAAACAUCAGAAUGUUUCACUUUCACUACAAACAGUGCAAAAUGCUUGAAAACUAGAUGGUAGUUUAAAAUGCCAGUAAAACAUCCUAUAUAGUUGUAUCUGCCUGAAGAUUCCUUUAGUUUUCCAUUAUUGUUUUCAUGUUUAAAAGUCUACCAUUAGAAGUUCUGAUUACAUUAACAGGGCAAUUGACAGCAUUUUCUGCAACCCCCCUUUUUUUCAAGAUUUAUUCUAUGGGAUCAGUAAGUUAAGCCUCCACCUGUGGCACCGGCAUCCCAUGUCAGCGCCGGUUCAAGUCCUGGCUGCCCCACUUCCAAUCCAGCUAAUGUGUCAGGGAAAACAGUGGAGGACAGCCCAAGUGCACAGGACCCUGCAACCACAUGGGAGACCAGGAAGAAACUCCUGGUCCUGGCUUCAGGUCAGCCCAGUUCUGGCAGAGUUACAGAGAGGGAGAGACAGGUCUUCCAUCCACCGAUUCACUCACCAAA